AUGGCUGAAGUCUGGGUCCCAAGUAUUGAUAAUAGUAAAGCAUUAACGAAUAAACAUGAAAGUGACUAUGCUGAGUAUAUAAUAAGUACAUCUAACUUUACCUCAAAGGAAAUAAUACACAUAACUAAAAAGGUUAAACAUAGGUUGUAUUAUUUGAAUAAACUUGGUAACAAAAAACAUUCGGAUAGCGAGCUAUUGAAGUCAUCAAUUAUGAACUUUCAAUGCAUUCAAAAUAAGAUUUCAAAAUAUCCAAUUAUAGUGAAUAAGCGUUACAUUUAUAAUGUUAACAAAAAAUAUAAUACAUCAAAUGAGUGGGAUGUUUGGGGUGAUAGGAUAUACAAAUCUGGAUUUAACGAUAAGGACCCUCAUUUUAUCAAAAUAAAAGAUUGUGCUCUUAAGGAAAAACUUUUAAUAAAUAAAGAAACCACCUCACAACUCAAUUGGUUGCACAAAUUAGCAAUAUUUUCCAAUCAGGGGAAUGUAAAAUAUAUUAUUAGUUCAAAAAAAAAGUUUAGCAAUUUCAAAAUUAACUAUCUUCAAGCUGAGCUCUCUCAUAAAUUAUAUAAACAUUACAAACCUUCUGAUAAUCAAAAGUAUGAGAUUUUUAAAUCGAAGUUAAAUCAUAACAUUGAUACACUGCCACAUGAAUCUAUCGUAGAAAUACCCUUUUCCAUAACCGAUUCUCAAAUUAGUAACUUUAAUAAUCAAAUAAGUCAGAGUAUUAAUAAUAGAACGUGCAACAUCGUAAAUUUCAAACUACUCAUUAAACCUCAUGUUUCAUUAAAGGGUUCUAAACAGAAUUUACAGAUAAAAGACAAUGAACCCAGAUGGAACUUAUACGAGAAGAACAUCUAUAAUAUCGAAGUUGAACUUCAUCAGAAAAUACCUUUGGUAAAUGAGACAUGGUUUGAUAGAUGUUUUGCACAGUUAUGUGACUCGCAGUUUAAUAAAUUGUCUUUUUACAAAUUCAAAAUACCUCCUUCACAGGAGCAAUAUCGUAAAGAUUUUAAAAUUGAGCAAUGUUUUGACAAACAAUAUUGGUUAUUAACUAAAAAUAUUUUGAAGAAGCUGGUGUGGAAUCCAGUGAAAAUAUAUUUAAAAACCACAGAUUACACAAUUCAUGAUAUAAUGAAUAAUGAAAGUAUGGUUUUUGAAACAAAGUUUUCUGUCAAGACUAAAUCGCUAAUAUGUCAUAAAAAGAUUAAAAACAAUUCUCUUGAUUUAAUUGACGUCGAUAAAAGGAAGUUUGGCAUAGUAGAUUUGUACAUGGUAGAUACAUCUAAUGCCAGUAUUAAAGAGAGCCCAGUACCUAAUAUACCAACCAAAAUAAUAGCUAAAAAUACGUCCCAAUUAGAAGCAUCUACUGAACUUAAUAUAAAUACAUCAAUUAUUCCUCAAAAAAGGUCAUUUUUGGAUUGCGACCUACAAUCAUUAAUUGCAAGUAAGAAGACAACUAAGAGUUUAGUUACCGGUAGUAAGUUAUCAAAAAACAUUUCCCUAUUAAAGUUUCUUGAUCGGAAUUCAACACAACCCUUAGAAAAUAAUAAAGAAGUCAGCGAAGUCAGAGAUAAUUCUUUUGAAGAGGAUAAAGUGAAGUCUACAAUGAAAUUAACAAGAGUCAGUUGUCAAAAAAUAAAAGGUAGACAUGUUAUAUUAAAUACGAAGCAUUUGAAAAGUAAUUUCUCGGUGACUAAUCUUUUAGUUAAGCAAUUUCAGAUACAAGUUGUCGAAAGACAAUUUGAACUAGACUUUGAUUUUAUUUUAAAUGAAACUACUUCUAUUAUCAGAUUAAAUAUCGAAAAUUUCUUUCAAGUUCUGAAAAAUGGUAAAUUAUAUUAUCAAGAAGCUCUAGAGAAUUUAAAGUCAGAAUUUAAAACCAUUAUUGUAAUUAUAGAAUAUAAUGAACUACUAGAAGAAACUGAUAAAGAUAUUUUCUGGAAAAUACAUUUAUAUUUUAAUAUUCCUCAAUUCGAAGUAAUAAUAGUAAAACAAAAUAACAUUGAAAUUUGUCAAAUGAUAGUACAAGCAGUUUCAAAAUACUCCACAAGACUACCUGAAUCCACUAUUGCACAGUAUUUCAAUGAGCAGAAUAAGAACAUGUCGAUUGAAAUCCUAAUAUCAUUAAAAUUUAACGAUUUUUUAAUAUUAAAAUGCUUAGAACAUUCUUCGAUUUAUGAAUUACUAUACAAUGUUGGUACUAAAGAUAAUAAAUAUAUGGAACUGACCAAUAUAAUGACUGAUUCGCAAUUGAUGAGAUUACAAAAGCUACUUCAAUUAAGUUGGUGA